ACUAAGAAUAGUCGAGCAAUCCCAGAAAGAAAGAAGCUAUCUUGCUGCAGCGAGAAGCUCUUCUUCUAUCCUCUCAUUAUCCCUCUCAUCUUCCACUUAAUCGUCAAGUUUGAAUCUUCACCAGUUGAUUUUGAAUUCAUUUGUUGUAUACAGAUGUGCUGGUAGCGACUGCUGAUGGGUUCCUUAAGAUUGUCCAUUCCAUUGGACCCAUUCGACUCAAAAAGGUUUCACUUUUCUGCGAACCCAUUUCAGUUUCCUGAUCAAGUUCCAAUUUUUUCAGUUAGCACUAGUGUUCCCGCCACUAGAAUCGGUUCUCUGAUUAGGGUCAAGAAAAUUCGAGUAUCUCGUCUCGAUAUUGAAGCAAAGGAGGCCGAGAAUGCUAUUGAUUCUGAUUCCGUUAAUGUGGAGAGAAGCUCGAAUUCUAAACUGAAAGGUAGUAAUACGGUCACGAGUGGUAAUCAGAGAGGGACAAAGAAAGAUGUGGCUCGAAAGUUCAGUUUCCGAAGAGAAAGCAAUGAUCUUGAGCUUGAGAAUUUGUUUGUGAACAAUGGGGAAAUGGAUGUUAAUUACUCUGCUAUUAAACCUGGUUUGAGUUUAGAGCAUUACAAUGCUAUAUUGAAACGGCUUGAGAGUUGCAGUGACACUAAUGCCAUCAAGUUCUUUGAUUGGAUGAGAUGUAAAGGAAAAUUGGAAGGUAACUUUGGUGCUUACAGUUUGAUUCUUAGAGUUUUAGGAAGGAGGGAAGAAUGGAACCGAGCAGAGGAUCUGAUCGAAGAGUUGUGUGGAUUUCAGGGCUUUCAGCAGAGUUUUCAGGUCUUCAACACGGUUAUAUACGCUUGUACUAAAAAGGGGAAUGUGAAAUUAGCUUCAAAGUGGUUUCAGAUGAUGUUGGAGCUCGGUGUUCGACCAAAUGUGGCUACAAUAGGUAUGCUCAUGGGUCUUUACCAGAAGAACUGGAAUGUUGAUGAAGCGGAAUUCGCAUUUUCUCAUAUGAGAAAAUUCGAGAUUGUGUGUGAAUCUGCUUACUCCUCAAUGAUAACGAUUUACACACGCUUGAGAUUAUAUGAGAAAGCAGAGGAAGUUAUAAACUUGAUGAAACAAGAUAGAGUGAGGCUGAAGUUAGAGAAUUGGUUAGUGAUGCUUAAUGCUUAUAGUCAGCAAGGCAAAAUGGAGCAAGCUGAAUCUGUAUUAAUCUCUAUGGAAGCUGCGGGUUUUGCUCCGAAUAUUAUUGCAUACAAUACUUUGAUAACUGGUUAUGGUAAGGUUUCUAAAAUGGAGGCUGCAAAGAGUUUAUUCCACCGCCUCUCUGAUAUUGGGCUGGAACCAGAUGAAACAAGUUACAGGUCAAUGAUUGAAGGUUGGGGCCGCGCUGACAAUUACGAGGAGGCAAACCAUUACUAUCAAGAGCUGAAGCGGUGUGGAUAUAAACCCAAUUCAUCCAAUCUUUUUACUUUAAUCAAUUUGCAAGCUAAAUAUGGAGACAGAGAUGGUGCUAUUAAGACGAUCGAAGAUAUGACUAGUAUCGGAUGCCAAUACCCCUCGAUCCUUGGCAUCAUUCUGCAGGCUUAUGAGAAGGUGGGGAAGAUUGAUGUGGUGCCUUAUCUUCUCAAAGGUUCUUUUCAUAAUCAUAUCCGUUUAAACCAGACUUCUUUCUCGAUUCUAGUGAUGGCAUAUAUCAAACAUGGUAUGGUUGAUGAUUGCUUGGCGUUGUUGCGAGAAAAAAAGUGGAGAGACUCAGCAUUUGAGUCCCACUUGUAUCAUCUGUUGAUUUGCUCUUGCAAAGAAUCUGGUCAACUUACUGAUGCUGUGAAAUUAUACAACCAUACAAUGGAAUCAGAUGAAGAGAUAAAUCUGCACAUUACGUCCACAAUGAUUGACAUUUAUACUGUGAUGGGUGAAUUUGGUGAAGCGGAGAAGCUUUAUUUAAAUUUGAAAUCUUCUGGAGUUGUGUUGGACAGGAUUGGAUUCAGCAUCGUGGUGCGGAUGUACGUGAAAGCCGGAUCCUUGGAAGAAGCCUGUUCUGUCCUAGAAAUCAUGGAUGAGCAGAAAGACAUUGUUCCGGAUGUGUACUUGUUUCGCGAUAUGCUUCGGAUAUAUCAGAAGUGUGACCUUCAGGAUAAACUCCAGCAUUUGUACUACAGGAUUCAAAAGAGCGGGAUCCAUUGGGAUCAGGAGAUGUACAAUUGUGUUAUAAACUGUUGUGCGCGUGCUCUUCCGCUUGAUGAACUCUCAAGAACUUUUGAGGAAAUGAUUCGAUAUGGAUUCACUCCUAAUACAGUCACAUUCAAUGUCCUCCUUGAUGUUUAUGGUAAAGCGAAGCUCUUCAAAAAGGUUAACGAGCUUUUCUUGUUGGCGAAAAGACACGGAGUUGUGGAUGUAAUAUCUUACAACACCAUUAUAGCUGCCUAUGGAAAGAACAAGGACUUUACAAACAUGUCAUCAGCGAUUAAGAAUAUGCAAUUUGACGGGUUUUCUGUGUCACUUGAAGCUUAUAAUACUUUGUUGGAUGCAUAUGGGAAAGAUAAACAGAUGGAGAAAUUCAGAAGCAUCUUGAAGAGAAUGAAGAAGUCUACUAGUGGACCGGAUCAUUAUACAUAUAACAUCAUGAUCAAUAUUUAUGGUGAGCAAGGAUGGAUCGAUGAAGUUGCUGGUGUUCUGAAAGAAUUGAAAGAGUCGGGACUUGGUCCUGACUUGUGUAGCUAUAACACGCUGAUAAAGGCGUAUGGUAUAGGUGGAAUGGUUGAAGAAGCUGUUGGGUUGGUGAAGGAGAUGAGAGGAAAGAACAUAACACCUGAUAAAGUAACUUACACCAAUUUGGUCACAGCUUUGCGCAAGAAUGAUGAAUUUCUUGAGGCUAUUAAAUGGUCUUUGUGGAUGAAACAAAUGGGUAUAUAGAAUAGCUUGAUUUUCUUUUCUGUUUUUUUUUUUUUUUCUGUCUAUAAUGGCUGCUUCUUUUGAUAAGAAUCCAAAUGAGGCAUGCGUGAAUAUAUGAACAGUGACAAAAAUGUUAAUGUAUAAGUCUCAAUGCAAGAUUCUUCUAGUCUCUUUCUAUCUUUCAGAAAGUAAAGUUCCUUGCU